AUCGGUGGACUUUCGUCAGUUUGCCGUUAGCGUCCAGUUCAUUCAGCAGCAACGCAAUGCAGUGCAUAAACUUAAUUUUGUUCGUGGCCAUUUUGGGCACUGCAUCAGCGGCUCCAAGAAUAAUAUCGGAUGAAAUCGCGACAUCGCUUAAGGCGUACAAGCACUUUGGAGUUCUGUUUGCUGGAUCGUCGCCAACGCGAAACCAUCUACCGAGUCCCAGCGAUAAAGUUGGCCAACAGCUUAUCUAUACCCUGGGACAACGAGUUGCUGGGGAUCGCUUAGUGUCAACCAAAUCGGAGAACAAGCAAUGGCCAACCCUACAGGACGUAACGCUCAGCUUGUCCUAUCCGCAGUCUGGGGUCGGGGCCAUCGUGACGUACGUCCAGGUGAUCGUUAAGCAAAGCAGCGCCACCGGCAAAGGGUAUGUGGUUUCCGGUGGAAUCGGUCAGCGAUUCAUUCAUCUGAUGAUCGAAGCCUACAGUACCACAUACUUCAACUACAGUGUUCAGAUCUUUGGAUUGUAAAUUUAUUCUAAGUUCUUACCUCGAAAUAAAAUCCCGGAUUGUAGCCUGCGCCACCAGUUAGGAACAGCA